UGGACACGGCUCCACUUUGCCAGUUGCCACAUGCACUCUCCGGUGGGUGACGCCUCGCUCCUGCCCACGCACUCGGCUGAAUCCGGAGCGCCCUGCGGCAGCGCACUGUAGCAACACGCCGCCCCACGCCCAGCCAGACACAGGCAGGCGAAAGGUGCAGAGGAGGACGAGGAGCAGCUGCCAUUGUGCCGUGCAGCGGCGCCUGCUAAAAAACAGCCCCGUGUGACUGUCCUAAUAAAGCUCGGGCGCUUGAGCACCAGCUCCGGGCUCUUCGCGGCGCGCCCUAUAAAAACCUUCCUGGCAAAGGGAGCGGGCUCGGCUCGGCACCAGACGCGGACCGGCGGCAGCAAGGAAGCGCAUCCGCGAAGAGGGGGCGCCCCCAACAGUCCCGGCGAGAUGCCCCACGUAGAAGCGGAUCUCAAACUGGACUUUCAUGACGUCCUGCUCAGACCUAAGCGAAGCGGCCUCAAAAGCAGAGCCGAGGUAGAUCUCAUUCGCACCUUCACAUUCCGCAACUCCAAACAAACAUACACAGGGAUCCCCAUUAUGGUGGCAAAUAUGGACACUGUGGGCACGUUUGAAAUGGCAAAGGUGAUGACUAAACAUGCAAUGUUCACUGCUAUUCAGAAGCAUUAUUCUCUGGAAGAAUGGAAACUGUUUGCAGUCAAUCACCCAGAAUGCCUUGAGCAUGUAGCAGUGAGCUCAGGCAGUGGGAAGACUGAUUUGGACAAGCUGACAAGUAUCCUGGAGGCCAUUCCCCUUAUCAAGUACAUCUGCCUGGAUGUGGCCAAUGGAUAUUCAGAGCACUUUGUGGAAGUUGUGAAAACUGUCCAUGCCAAGUUUCCAAAUCACACCAUCAUGGCAGGUAAUGUGGUGACAGGAGAGAUGGUGGAGGAACUUACUCUUUCUGGAGCAGAUAUCAUUAAAGUGGGUAUCGGACCUGGUUCUGUGUGCACCACCCGGAUUAAGACAGGUGUGGGCUACCCUCAGCUGAGUGCUGUGAUCGAGUGUGCAGACUCUGCCCAUGGCCUGAAGGGGCAUAUCAUUUCUGAUGGAGGCUGUAGCUGUCCAGGAGAUGUCGCCAAAGCGUUUGGAGCUGGUGCUGAUUUUGUUAUGCUUGGAGGAAUGUUUGCAGGCCACGAUCAAUGUGCUGGAGAGGUUCUAGAAAAAAAUGGCAAGAAGGUGAAACUGUUCUACGGGAUGAGCUCUGAUACGGCCAUGAAGAAGCAUGUAGGAGGAGUUGCUGAAUACAGGGCUUCGGAGGGCAGAACCGUGGAAGUGCCUUACAGAGGGGACGUGGAAACCACCAUCUUUGAUAUCCUCGGGGGCCUGCGAUCCACCUGCACCUAUGUGGGAGCUGCCAAGCUCAAAGAGCUGAGCAGGAGGGCGACAUUUAUCCGGGUCACCCAGCAGCACAGCCAGGUGUUUUCUUAACCAAGGACUGGGACCUGUGAAAUGCGUCUGCCGCUUCUCCCCACUUCCUCUGUGUUUUGUGUUAGAGCUUCAUGGGGGCAAACCCCCCAGGCUGUGGAAGUAGGUGGGUCAGUUGCCACUGGUGACGGGGUUAAGCAGAAGGACAUGCCAUCAAACACAGCGCCAUGUAGGAUUCUUUUGGUUCACGAUGCAAUAGCCUUAUCUUUUAAAGUCACGUCUGUUUGUUUUAAAUCUAUUUUUUUUUUUCUACCAUUUAUUUUUCUCUCUGAUAAAGAAGCCUCCAUUCACAGUGAGUUAGCCUUCCAGACCCUGAUCGCUGUUACCAAGUUUUAAAACAUCCCCACAACCUCUUGCUAGCACUUCUCCAGCAGUACGGGCUGUAGGAGCUGCCGGCUGGGAGGGGAUGUUGAUGUUCAGUAUGUUGAUCUGUGUAACCAAAGAUCAAAGCCAUACUUUUUGACCUUUCAGAUGGCUGGAUGAGCCAACGUUGCUGCUGCAUUUUCACUGUGAUGUUAAAAAUACUGGAGCUGUAUCAAUGACAUUUCAUGUGCCUUUUAAGGCCUUUUGUAUUUAAAUCACUAUAUUAACGGACUUACCUCUCCAUAGACACUGGCGUUAUAAUGUAGUGAGUGCUUCCUCCUCCCACCCCCACCCAGAACAUUUAACAGGGUACCAGUUUUUUAGUGGAUACAAUCCUCAGAGGCUCAGGGGUCCUGUUUUUAACAUAAUCUCUGAAUAGGUUUUGAAGCUGUAGACACACAGCAAUACUCAACACCAGCAGCCUGAUUCUGCACAGCUUUGUGAUUUGCAUAGUCAUUUCAGCUGCCACAAAGCGACUACGGAUACACACUUGCUUUACCCGGGUGUUGAAAUGAUUACACAUUGAGCAAGGCCUGGGGAAUCAGGCCAAAGGGGUCAAAUCCAUCUCUGUGUUACUCUGGUGCAACUAUUUUGAAGUCAUAGGUGUAUCCGAGAGCAAAAUAUGGCCUGCAGUAGACCAGCUGAAGACUUCGUUGCAAGAAGCCAGUUGUCUGAUCUUGAGUUAAAGCAGUUGCUGUGAAGACAAUAAUUAAUAUUUUAGACUCUGGGCAACACUUUAAUAAACUGUAAUGGUAGAGUAAUUAA